AUGGCUGAAUCAAGCACGCAAAAUGACACGGCAGUUGCCAUUUGUGGAUUGGGCCUUAGACUGCCUGGCGGGAUCAACACGCCGUCCGCGCUUUUCGACUUCCUACUGUCCGGAGGAGACGCAAGGGGACUUCCAGACACGAAACGCUACGAAUACGACUCUUUUAAAUAUAGCGGAAGUGAUGGCCACACGCACACAUUGCCGUCCGAAGGUUACUGGCUGAGUUGGGAGGAGAUCACUGGCUGGGAUCCAUCACCAUUCUCGGCAAUAGGCCUCGUUAUGAGCCAGCCCGAGGUGGAAAAAAUGGACCCACAGCAAAGAAUCCUUCUUCGAGUCGUCUGGGAGGCCAUGGAAAGCGCGUGUGAGACUCAGUGGCGAAUGGACAAAGCGAAAGCCGACAGAAUCGGGUGCUACGUGGGGUCCUUUGGCGACGACUGGCGCGAAAUGCACACCAGAGACUCCCUCGAUAUUCCCCAGUAUCGUCUGGCAGGGUACGGGGACUUUUCGCUGUCAAAUCGCGUCAUGACGGUUCGUGCUGCCUGUGCCGCUGGCGGGCUUGCACUGCACUUGGCAUGCCAGGCUAUCAAGGCUGGCGAGUGUGACACCGCCGUCGUGGCCGGGUCGAACCUCAUUUUCUCGCCCGAUCUCGCCGUGUUCCUCGCCGAGCACGGUGUUCUAUCACCGGACGCGUCUUGCCGCACGUUUGAUGCCAAGGCAUCCGGAUACGCCCGCGCAGAAGCUGUGAAUUGCUUGAUUCUGAAGCGCCAAAGUCUUGCGGUCGCAGAUGGCAACCCAAUACGUGCCGUUAUCCGUGGAUCCGCAGUCAAUGCGAACGGAAGGACGGCUGGCAUGUCCACACCGAGCUCGGAGGCCCAAGAGGCGCUCAUGAGAGCUGCAUACCGUCAGGGUGGCAUUUCCGACCAAGACAUGGUCAAAACAGCAAUGGUCGAGUGCCAUGGAACAGGCACACCUGUAGGUGAUGCAGUCGAGACCUAUGCAGUGGCAAAGAUAUUCGGGCAACAUGGCGUGUUAAUUGGCUCUGUUAAGCCGUCUCUUGGCCAUUCCGAAGCUGCCUCUGCACUCACCAGCGUCAUCAAAGCUAUAGUGUCACUGGAAAACCGGGUGAUCCUCCCCAACAUUAAAUUCGAGGACCCUAAUUCUCAGAUUCCUUUCAACGCUGGAAAUUUGACAGUGCCCACGACGCCUAUGCCAUGGCCGACUGAUCGAUUAGAGCGAAUCGGGAUUUCGAGUUUUGGAAUAGGUGGAACAAAUGUCUAUAUCAUUCUGGAUUCCGCCAGUUCGCUCCGCCCACAGGAGCCUUCAUCCAACACGUUCCAGGCGGAACACGACGAAGCCGCAGUUCUUUCGAAAGCCAAAGCCAAGCCAACGAUUAUCCUCUUUUCUGCUGCCUCUCAGGCUGCCUUGGCGCGCUCAAUGGAACUGCACAAGGCCUACUGUAAAAAGCAGCCUCAGAGGCUGGAAAGACUAGCACACGCUGUCAAUCGUAUGCGGAUCAAACUCCCCUACAAGAAUUACUGCGUUUUUGAUGAAAGUCGAAGGGUUUGCUCAGUCAAGUCUAGUUCACCACUUGGCUCACACAUCCGCUCACGGCCGGCGUUGUCUGUUCCGAUAGCUUUCAUUUUCUCCGGACCCGGUCAACAGUGGGCUCGUAUUGGCGUGGAGCUACUGAGAUUUGACAAGUCCUUCGCGUAUGACAUCAAAUUGAUGGACGACGCUCUUCAACAGUUACCACCAGUUGCUAAGCCCUCGUGGACCGUCCGGGCUGAAAUGGUCAAGACAGCGGAAAGGUCUCGCCUUGGAGAAUCCGAGAUUGGGUCCACUGUUUUGACGGCGAUACAAAUUGCUUUGACCAGACUUUUGGGUCGUUACGGCGUCCGGCCAGAUGUUGUCGCGGGAUGCUCGAGUGGCAAAGUUGCGGCGGAUCAUGCUUCUGGUCUUCUCAGUGUUGAAGCGGCCAUUUGUCUUGCGUUACACACGAGCAAGUCUUUACCCAAGAACCAUCUCUCAUCGCCACAGGACGCCUUGAAGAUGGAUACACGGAAAAUCGAAGCAGCCUUGCCGACUGGCCCGGCCGCCCUUGGCCAGAAUUUCGCUAAGCCCCUGUACACCGACUCUGAUCACCAUUCUUUGCGCGAGCCAAGCGCUGUCGACUUCAGUCAGGAAGUAAAAGAACUUCUGGUAAAAGCGCCUGGGUCGAUCCAGCUCAUCAUAGGGCCAGAUUCGUCCGCCGCUGAGCAUUUGGAACAGGCUUAUGCUGAGGCAGGACUGCGCCCAACAUACGUCCCCACCCUGGUCUGUGGACAAUCAGCCACUAUCACAUUCCUCGUUGCUCUUGGGGAGUUGCAUUCCCAUGGAGUUCCCAUUCAUCCCAUUGGGAACUUGAAACCUCUGGUGGACCUCGAGCCCUACCCUUGGGAUUUAUCCAAGCACUAUUGGCCGACAUCUCGCGCAGCCAAAACAUGGAGAUUACGUCAAUUCCCCCCGCAUGAGCUGCUUGGUGUACGGAAUUUUGACGACAGCGGCACAUCACCCAUGUGGCGCAGCAACCUGUCUGUCGACAAGAUUCCAUGGAUCAAACACCAUAGGAUUGGGAGUGAUAUCGUUUUCCCCGCUGCUGGGUUCAUUGCUAUGGCGGGUGAGGCGUCAUUCCAGCUUACAGGUGUUAGGGCGUAUAUGGUCAAAGAGCUUUCAUUGAAGAAAGCAUUGGUGUUGAAUGCUGGAGCCACCGUCGAGGUAGUCACAUCAGCGCGCUCACAAGUGCAUCCAGACUCCGCCUCCAAUGUUUGGGAGAUCUCCUUUUCGUCAUAUCACGACGGCACGUGGACCAUGCAUUGUACCGGUCUCGUCAAGCCUACGACAGACUCGAACAUUUUGAGAUCAUCUUUACUAGAUAUGGAACUUCCGGAACAACGAGAUGGCUUCGUUCGCGAGGUUGACGCCGCAUCGUGGUACCGGGCCAUGGCAAGAAUAGGCUACAAUUACGGCACAGCUUUCAGGGGCAUGCAGAACAUAAUCGCAAAUGUCGUCUGUAAAUCGGCAAAGUUGAGGCUCUCACAUGAUUCCAGAGUGAUUCCUUCGACGAUAACUUCAAACUCCUACACGUUUCACCCGACGAUGCUAGAUAAGAUCAUCCAGUCACUUAUCGUCGCAAAUCACAGAGGGCAGCCCAGAUUACUCCGACAAGUGUCGUUGCCAACUUGGAUCGAGGAGUUCAGCGUGGGAUCAGCGCCGCUGGAGUCGCAGGAUAAAAGUCUCCUGGAUGUGCAUGCCGUUGUUACGGGGUCUAAGGGGAAUGGCUCCUGUCGUGGAUCCAUGGUGGCCCGCUCUAUGUCUUGCCCAACAGACGAUCUAGCUUCGCUCGAGUCGCGCCCAGUUGCGACAAUUAAGGGCCUGCAAUUCGACCCGAUAAUACUGGAAGAGUCCGGCCCAAUCUCCCAUCACGAACAAUCUCAUGGCGCUAUGCAGUUGGUCUGGAAGCCAGACAUCGACUUCAUGAGGGAGACUCAACUGUUGAUUCCGCGAUCAGGCCCAGAGCAUGAGAAUGUCCAAAAGCUUAUUGAUGCUUUGUUCACCAUUUGUGCGGCUGAAGUACGGACAUCAGCAUUGAUGGCUCCGGCUGGGAUCCUGAAUGAUCCAAAUCGAGCCCACUUGUGCAAACUGGCGCACUGGUUGGAAGAACACCCUCACGGUCACGAAGAUCAAGUCAACCUCACAAAGGAGGACAUUCACAAGGAAAAGCAAAAGCUGAUGGAAGCUCUCAAAAACUCCCCCGGAUCCGCUGCCGCCGAGUUAUUGUCCAGGUGCGCCUCCAAUGCACGUGAAAUAUUCAACGGGACCGUCAGCCCCCUUGAGCUAUUUCUGGAGGAUAACGCCUUGCAUCGACUUUAUGACUGGAUGAAUUCUCUCUGGUCAUAUGAAGGAUUCUUCGAGCUCCUGGCACACAAGUACGGCAAGCACCUCCGAAUCAUCGAGGUCGGCGCGGGUACUGGAGGUCUCACCGCGCGUGUACUUGAGCACCUCAGGCCACGUGAAACAGGGUCUGACGCUCAGUGGGAUGGUAGCUAUGUCUUCACAGACAUAUCAUCCGGAUUCUUCCCUUCUGCGAAGGCUCGGUUUCAGAAAGUUCGCGGCAUGGAGUAUCGCGUAUUAGACAUCUCGCUGGACCCGCUUACGCAAGGCUUCAGCGCUGAGUACGAUCUGGUGAUUGCCAGCAAUGUACUCCACGCCACUGAAGACUUGACAAAGACGCUCCGCCAUGUCAGAUCUCUGCUGAAGCCCAACGGUCGCCUUUUGCUCCAAGAGCUGGCUUGCGACUUCAAGUGGAUCAAUCUGAUUAUGGGGUUUCUUUCUGGGUGGUGGCUUGGUGCAUCUGACGGCCGAGUCCAAGAACCCUACCUUGAUCAUCAGGUAUGGGACGAACGGCUUCGACAAGCGUCUUUCAAGCCCCUCGAUACUCUCGCCCUGGAUGCUGAUAAACCAUACCAAAUCAAUGCUACUAUGAUAGCGAGGCCCGAAGUUCCUCAAAUGGGAUCCGCAGAAAGCUCUUUGGUCAGCAUCACCUUACUUCACGAUGACUUAGAUCACACAUCCCUUCGCACGAUUGAGAUCUUGGAGAGAUUUGUCCAUCAACGUGGGUUCAAAUCAACACGCCACCAACUCCAACCAGGAAAUUCAGCGGGAAUAAAGCCGGGGCACGUAGUGUCGCUGCUGGAUAUAUCGCCAAGUGGAUCGUUUCUCGCCAACGUCUCACAGGCGAGGCUAGACGUACUUCUCGAGCUACUGAACGGCCUUCAGCAGUCUGAGUCGACACUGUUAUGGCUGACGGGGGCUUGUCAGGUCGAUCCUGUUGACCCCAUCUUCGCGCAGAUACUCGGCUUCGCACGAAGCGUGCGGAAAGAAACUGGUCUAAACUUUGUGACUCUAGAGUUAGAUUCGACAUGUGACCAGGCCAUGGAAGCGGCUGCCAUGGUGCUGGAAAAGUUAAUCUCUUCUUCUCGCGCCUAUUCUCCCUCGGCAGGUUUGGACCCAGAUAGGGAGUUUGCCUACGCGUCGAAAGCUGGCGGGAUUGUUGUUCCACGAUUUUCGUGGACCUCUGUGUCAAAGAGUCUGGCUGCCUCUCAGCACCUUGCCGGUACAUCGACGAAGCACAGGUACUUGCAAAUCGGGAAUCCUGGACAGCUCGACAGUCUAGUUUGGGUUCAAAGUCCAGACCCCGUGCUGGAAAAUACAGAACCCGGUCCUGGAAUGGUGGAAGUGAAGAUAGAGGCUGCGGGACUGAACUUCAAAGACGUCCUGAUGUCCAUGGGCAUUGAAAGCACCCGAGCACACUGGGGCCGACUUGGCUGUGAGGCUGCUGGCAUAGUCACGGCGACUGGCGCCUGCGUUUCUGAAGUCAAAAGGGGUGAUCGUGUCAUGCUCUUUGCGCCUGAUGCCGGAUGCCUGGCCGUCUCGGUGCUGGUCCAUCAGUACCUGUGCGUCCCGAUUCCCGACUCCCUACCAUUCACCCAUGCUGCGAGCAUGCCAUGUGUCUACAUUACUGUCCUACGAGCGCUGAUCGACAAGGCCAACUUGAAGCGCCACCAGACAAUAUUGAUACACAGCGCUGCAGGCGGAGUGGGUAUUGCUGCUAUACAGGUUGCGCGUUGGCUUGGUGCAGACGUCUACGCCACAGUUGGCAGUGAAGAAAAGGUGCGAUUCCUGCAACAGGAGUUCGCAAUUCCCAGAGAUCAUAUCUUCCAUUCUCGAGACGACAGCUUCGUACACGACAUACUGGCCGCGACUGGCAACCGUGGGGUCGACGUUGUGCUGAACAGCCUAUCGGGAUACCUCCUGCAUGCAUCGUGGCAGUGCGUUGCGCCAUGCGGUACGUUUGUGGAACUUGGGAAACGCGAUAUUGUUGGCCGAAGCAAGCUGGCAAUGGAGCCUCUUGAUGAGAACCGCGCCUUUGUGGCCGUGGACAUGGCUCACUUGGCAGUACACAAUCCUCGUGAGGUGUCGACAUUACUGCGUCAGGUGGUGCAACUCUACAAUAAUCACACGAUAAGGCACCUGGAACCUCUUCGGACGAUUUCUCACCAAAGUGUGACCGAGGCAAUGCGCUCAUUGUACACAGGGACCAACAUUGGCAAAAUUGUUGUUGACAUUGCUGGGCACACUGGAGGCCAACAACCCCUCCCGAUUGAUACUCACGUGCGUAAUGCAGCAAGUGUUUCUACACCAAACGCGAAGUUUACCCCUACGGAUGCCUAUGUGCUCAUUGGGGGCCUGCAAGGAUUGUCGGCUCCCAUAGCAAGAUGGAUGGUCUGCUGUGGCGCCAGGACGAUCUUCUUCCUGUCUCGGUCUAUGCGAAGUCCACAAGGCCACAAAAGGGACGAGCCACUUAUCUGCGAGCUGCGCGGGAAUGGCUGUACAGUCAUAACACUGGAGCUCGAUGUUGUGGAGGAGGGCUCGGUCCAAACCACCAUUUCGGCAAUCACAAAGACACACCGCAUUGCAGGUGUCAUCCACCUCGCGGGGAUACUCUUGGACACUGAGACAAAAGAUUUGAACCUCCACGCAUGGCGGACAGUCAUUGAUCCGAAGGUGUCUGGGACUUGGAACCUGCAUCGCGCCCUCACCAUUCAUGCACCUGACCUAGAUUUCUUUGUCCUUGCAGGCAGCAUCAUUGGCAUCACAGGGAACCCAGGGCAGGCUAACUACGCCGCUGCCAAUUCAUUCCUUGAUGCUUUCGCUCAGUAUCGGCGAAGCCUCGGUCUUGCGUGUUCUGUGAUGGAUAUCGGGGUCGUCGAAGACGUUGGCAUUAUGUCCCGCCAGCCGGAAAAGUUGGAAGCCAUGAGGAAGACUGGUGUACGAUUGCUCAGCGAACAGGACUUUCUGGACGGUAUCCAGCUUGCCAUCGCUAGAUCUACGACUAGGAUCACGCUUCACGACGCAAAGGUCAGCGGCACCAGCAACCCACCUCACUCGGCUAUCUUCCGAUACACCUCCGAGGCUCAGGUGGCCGUGGGGUUUAGUAGCAUGCUUCCGCUCGAUCAUCCCAACACCAGUGUGUUGUGGAAGGGCGACGCGCGAAUGGCACUGUAUGACGACCAAAAGGGACAUGCGUGGGGGAGUCUACAGGAGGAUCAGAGUCCCUCGGUAACAGGCUCUGCUGCUGCAUUGGACGACUUCAUAUCGCAUGUUUCCAGGGAUCCUACACAGCUUGACAGCCCUUCAUGUGUCGAAUUUCUUGCCAGUCAAAUAUUUAGGCGGGUCCGGAGCUUUCUGAUGCGAGACGAGGAAGCCCACAGCGACGUGGACAGUGCCAUACAUGGCUUUUCCCUGGCUUCAAUUGGGAUGGACUCCCUCAUGACAAUAGAAGUUCGCAAUUGGUGGCGGCAGACAUUUGGGACCAGUGUGAGCUUGCUGCAGCUGACGAGCGCGCCAAACUUCGCGCAGCUGGGCAAGCUGGCAGCGCGCCAAUUGAGAGAGAGGCAUCUCGCAGGGCCUGUCCAAGGCGCCAGGCAUUGA